AUGAACCUCAACGAUAUGAGUAAUUUAUUUUGUGUUAAUGGAUCGAAGAGAAUAAACAGAUGUCUCACGUGUAGUCCGGGGGUUAUAACAGGCUAUAGGACAGUCCACAGAUUUUGCUCAGCUAAGAAUGGUGUGGAUUUUGUUACGUUAUUGAUUAACCAGUACGGACAAGGUGGGACCUUAGACGCUCAAAACCCCUUACCUUACUGCGGGGCUUUCCUCGUCACAGAUAGAACCGAGGCGUGGGUGGUGGAAUGGACCGGGAAAUUCUGGGUCUCGAAACAAAUAACUGAGGGUGCCUACAGUAUAUCAAGUUGUAUGUCCAUUUCUAAGGAAUACGACCUAGCGUCAUCAAAGUUACAAGAACAAAGUGUGGCAUUAGGGUAUUGGUCAAAAGAAAAAUGUCCUGUAUAUUUUUCUUUGGCUUUUGGAGCAGAAUUUCCCACAUGUCUGGGUUGUGUAGAUCUGAUACACAGCGCAGGACAGGAUACUGCUACACCUGAUCAAAGUUUAUCCGUAUUUACUCCUUUUCUGUUUUCUGACAAUGUUGACAUAGGUGAUACAACACAGUCCCUUUCCAAUAAUGACAGACGUCACAUCCUGUACAAAUAUCACGAGAAAGCGUGGAAAUUUAUGUCCAGUGGAACACAGAAAGGGGAGGAUUUAGUUCACUUCAUGAGAAAUGUGGAGGAAAGGUGUGUUUCAGAAAUGGAUCAAUUCUGCCAAAAAUUUUUAUCCAGAAAAUAUGUCAGACAUUGAAGAACGUUUUAAAGACAUGUGUGAAUCUGAGGUCAAAAUUUAUCUGUGAGUUUACAAGUGCAGUAAAUAUGCAGAGGAUAUUGUGUUGUCAUUGUGUCAAAACUGACAAUUUCCAAAAAAAAAAUGCUUCGGUCCUCAUCAUGAACAUUAAAACAUGUGCUUUAAAAGUAACUACUUUUAAUUUGCAAAAAAGCUAAUUUCUAGUUCGUUUGCAACAGUGUUUUUAAACAAAUAUAAUGCAAAUUCAUGUAGUUUUGACAAGAUUAGUACAUUUCUCACAUUGAUUACAAGGAAUCUGGUAGCUUGAUAUAUCUAAAAAAAAAUUACAAAAAAAAUUGAAAUUUCAGUACAUUUUUGGUUUAUAUAUUUAGUUUUUAACUAACACUUUUCAAUACUGUGCUACAUUCAACAAUGUAUCUUAAGGUUCUUGCUUAAAAAUAAUUUUAAAAA